AUGGAAGUUGUGGCGAGCCAGAUUGCAAGUGUUACGCCUAUGGACCCCGUCACCAUAACGCCUGAAGACGUGGCUGAGGCGGUCCGUAGGGCCCCGAACUGGAAAAGUACGGGGCUCGACGGGCUGCAUCAUUACUGGCUGAAGGGUUUCGUAGUGUGUCACGCUGUGCUCGCCCGACAGUUUCAAGAGGCUCUCGAUCAGAAUUCGCUCCCGAGCCUCUUCACUACUGGGAUCACUCAUUUGGUUCCUAAAGAUCAGGAUACGGAUUAG